AUGGCAUCUAGUUCCUUUAAGAGGAAGAAUAAAGACGACGGGACUGAUCGUCUUUACUCUAGUGAACCAAAAGUUCGACGCGCUGGUGCUAAUCCCACACCAUGUAAAUACGAUAGAGAUUAUCGAAGAAAAGGUUGUACAUUUACGCAUUCAGAGGCAUCGAAAGGUGCAACAGCAGCAACAAAAUCUGAUUGCAAAUACGAUAUGAAUUGUACUCUACUCGAUUGUCAUUUCAAUCACCCGAAUGGAGGAUCAAUUGACCACAAAAUGACCUUUUCCUCUGAAAGUACUGAAAAAAACACUGCAUCAAGUCAAGGUACUUCGUCACCAUCACAUUUAGAAUACCGUAACCACCAAUAUCAGUGCUCGUUGGCAUCUUAUAAUUCGUCACCUAGUAGUAGCUUUGGUCAUCCGACUGAUGAAGAUAUCAAUCAAGUUCCUAUUAAUAAUGACACUAAGACAACGAAUAGUACAACUGAUGCAAAACAACAGCAACAAUUGGAUACUGAACUUAUUGAAAUAAUUGAUGAAUUUUUAUCAAAAGCAAAAGAAAAUUUGCACGAAUUCGAUAUUAAUGAUGAACAAGUAUUUGAGACUCUGCAACAGAACGCAUUAAUAGAAUCAAGAUUACAAAGAAAUGAAUUUCAGUCUGUUAUUAGCUGUCUAAGCAUGAAAUAUAACGAAAUUCUUUCAUUGUUAAGAGACAAUAGCGAUAAAAUGUUACAACUGCAACGUAUAAAACAAAAACUAGAACGCGAACUAAAACGUUGGCAAUCACAUCUUCCUGUAUAUGCAAGACGCUCGGAUAUUAUUGAAAAAUUGAAAAUAAAUCAAGUUUUGAUUUUAAAAGCUGAUACUGGUUCAGGAAAGAGUACACAAAUAGUUCAAUAUCUAUGCGAUGCCAAUUUUGCUGACGAAAAACAAAUCAUAUGUACGCAACCACGUAAAUUAGCAACUCUAUCUUUAGCAGCGCGAGUAGCCGAAGAAUAUGGAUGGAAGAUCGGUGAAGAAAUUGGUUUUCAAGUAGCCGGUGAUCAACGUACAACUUCCAAUGGAACUAAAAUAAAAUUCGUUACUGAUGUACUCUUUCUCAAUGAAUAUCAAAACAGUCCAACGUUAGAACAGUACUCCGUCGUCAUUGUGGAUGAAGCACACGAACGGAAAAUCGACACUGACAUUGUGUUAGGAUUAAUGAAACGAUGUUUGAGAAAAAGAAAAGAUUUAAAGCUUAUUGUCAUGUCCGCUACAUUAGACACAUGUCUUAUUUAUGACUAUUUUUCAAGUAAUUUUACAUGUGAAACAUUAGAAGUUGCUGGUAGGACCUACCCAAUCGAAGAUUAUUAUCUAGAUGAUGAUGAAAAUUAUGUUCAAGCAGCAGUUACAAAAGCUAUUGAAAUACAUCAAAGUUAUGACAUCGGUGAUAUAUUAGUGUUUUUAGCUGGUCAAGAUGAAAUUGACUUAGCUUUAAUUGAUUUAAAAAAGAAAUUGGAAUAUGAUAGAUCAUACAUAGGUUUACCAUUGCAUGGAAAAUUGUCUGAAAAAGAAUUUGCACGAAUAUUUGAAAAGAUGCCUGAUAAGCGUAAAAUUAUUUUCAGCACCAAUGUAGCAGAGACUUCGGUUGCUGUUGAUGGAAUAAAACAUGUUGUCGAAAGUGGAAUGGUAAAAGAAAAAAUGUGGGAUGAAAAACGAAAAAUUCCAGUAGUAAAGAUUGGACAAAUAACAAAAACUUCUGUUAAACAACGACGUAGAAUUGCUGGAAGAACAUCAGCUGGAAAGUGCUAUCAUUUAUACACAGUAGAAACUUACGAAUCUAUGGACGAAUGUUCACGAACAGAAAUUCUAUUUGCUCAGCCAACAAUGGCUAUAUUAAAAUUAAAGAAUUUAAAUAUUGAUCGCAUCGAAUCAUUUGAAUGGCUUCAGUCACCACCGAUUUCUAAUUUACAAGAAGCUAAUCAAUUACUAAUUUGGUUAAAUGCAGUUGAUUCAAAAGGUAAAUUGACUCAGCUGGGCAGAAAUAUGGCACGGCUUGAUAUCGAUCCAAAAUUGACAGCCAUGCUAUUCAAGGGACAAGAACUUGAUUGUCUAUGGUAUGCACUGGUUCUAGCAGGGAUGCUAACUGUAUCACGGAAUAUUUGGUGGAUUAGUGAAGAUCAGGAAUCCAGAGGUAUGAUUUCGCGAGCACGUGCCGAAUUCAGUCAUGAAAGUGGUGAUCAUAUUACAUUAAUUAGUAUAUAUUUAAAAUGGAGUGUUUAUUGUGCUAAAAAUACAAAUAAAAGACAACAAUAUGAAUGGUGCAAAAAUAACUCUAUUAAUGGAAAAUCAUUACAAAUGGCUCACGAAUUUAUUACCGAAAAAGCCAAACAAAUGGACUAUGAAAUAGAAAUUCUUGAUAGUGAAGAUUUAAAUGACAAUGUAAUUAAUCGUCUUUUAAAAUGUAUAGCAGCUGGUCAUUUUAUGAAUUUAGCUGUGUCAAAUGGGCCAUUGAGACCUGGCUAUCAAGUUAUUUCUGCAUGCUCCCAAACGACUAAUGAAUCAGUAAUAGCACGUACAUUUCAUACAUCGACUUUGUCGUUAAAUGAUCAAAUCCCUAAGUACGUUUUAUUUAAUGAAUUAUUAAGUCGCCACGGAACUAAUUAUCUCACAGUAUUAUCUUCAAUUGAUCUCAAUUGCUUAAAAUCUGUUUCAGAAGAUUGGUAUAAAGCUGUAAACGGAACUAAUUUACACACGAUUUCUUAUGAAUGUUUUACAUUCAAAAAUGUAGGAGCAGCCUUAUUGCGAGCGAUCGACGGCAGACAUGCUUGUCAUUUGAAUAAACUUGAAGACAUCACUCAAGCCAUUGUUGAUAUUAAUUAUAAAAAAUCAAAAUUAACAAUAUGUUCACGUCCAGCUAAUUUAAAUAAAGCAAAGAUAAUUGUUCAAGAAAUUAUUCAGAAGGAAAAACAAAAAUUACUGUUAGAAACUGAAGAAAUGAAAAUUGUAGGAAGAACUCGAAUUUUAAUGGGUGCCGGGGGUGUUAGUCAAAUGAUUUUAUUCGCAGGUGAGUAUGUUAGAAUCAUCAUAGCAAAGCUACCGUCAACAAUAACAGAAGAAAGAAUUCAAACUUUGUGUGAACCAUUUGGAGAGACAUCUGAAUUACGUACAUUUUUUGCUCGUACUCAAAUUAUUUUAGUUCGUAAAAUUGAUUUUAUUCGACAAGGCGAACACAAUUCGUGUGUUGCAGUCACGUAUGCAAAAGUGGAGCAAGCACGUUCUGCUUUCUGUGAAUUGAAUGGUUAUAUUGAACAAGGUCGUGAAAUAGUCGUAACUGAUUCAUGUGUGAAAAAUGAAGCAACUAUAGAUAGCCAAAAUUGUCGUCUGAAAGCUAUAUGGUAUCUGACACAGUCCACUGGUAAUGGAAGGAUUAUUUUUGAAAAAGAAAAAAGUGCACGCGAUGCUUAUGAACUAUUUAAAAGAUUGCGUUAUCAAUGUCGUUAUGAGCAUUUGACUAAUCUACCAAGACUAAAAGUUACUUAUUAUCUUCUUAAAAGUAAUCAAAAAGCUUUCGUAAAUUUUCAAUCAUUCGAAGAUGCACUAAAUGUUCGUUGCCGAAUACAUCCUCCAGAGACGUUUAAAAUUGUACAAAAUAGACAAAAUCAUGGAAUAUCGCUGCUAUUAGAAGGCUUUUCAAAAGACGACGAUGAAGAAGAUAUACGCAGUCGUUUUCAAGAUUGCACAGGUUUCGUUGGCGUGCAGGUUUUACGUGGAAGAAAAGGGCAAAUAUUUGUAAGACCUGCUUCGGCAGAAGAUGAUAUUAAAGCAAUGUUCAAUCCUUAUAAAUCAUUUCAACGAGAUACAAUAUCGAUUAACCCAAAAAUUUGGAAUGGUAAAGUGGAAGCUUUUGUUGAGUUUUUAGAAUCAACAGAAUUAAAACAAGCAGUUGAAGAAAUGAAUGGAAAAAAAGGUAUUAUCGGUCGUGGUAAAGUAAGGUUAUCGGAACCAGGUCAAAAAAGGAAUGACGAAGUUAAGACGAAGAAAGAAGAUGAAUAUAUUCUUCAUUUUCAACAUCUUGAUCUGUCAUUUGAUAAAUAUGAUCUUAUUAAAAUUCUAAAAGAAAAUCAAUUGUAUGAUGAUGUAAAAAAUGUGAUAGUUUAUCGUCAAAAAUUCAAGAAUGAAAAUUCGGCAACAGCGGUGACCAACAAAGUUGACUCUGACGUAGAAGUUGCAUUAGUGAAUCUUCGUUCUAUGUUUCUUAGUACAGCAGGUUUAUUUCGAUCAAUACCUGAUUAUCGGAUAUCAUCAUGCGCACCAGAUGGAACUGUCACAGCAUUGAUCCUUUUCAAUGAUCCUAUGGAUAUAACAACAGCCAUACAAACCUAUGAUAACCAAGUAAUUCAACUACUUAAAGAUUCAAGUAAACUACGUCUUCUGCCUCCAAUUGCACACCAAAUAUUUAUUAAUGCAGCUUUAAGAAAAGCUAUUCCUAAUAAGAUUCAAGAAGCUAUUCAAUAUGUUCGUGAGAAAUGUAAGAGGAUUCAUGUCAAAGUUGCAUCUCUGGGGAAGGAAGAUAAGACAGCUGCAAUGAAGAUAUGUAUCGAAGGUGACGAUAUACAACAGAUCACAAUGGCUAAAAUUGCAUUUGAUACAUUGAUGAAAGGAAUGGAAUAUAGAUACAAAGUCGAUACAGAGAAAACAAGACUUAUUUUUGAUCGUGGUAGUACGACAGCAUUACAAAAAAUUCAAGAUGAAACUGGUACUUAUAUAUGGUUUAGUUAUUCAAAUUCAUUUGUACGAAUUUACGGUGAUAAUCAAGCGCCCGAUAUAGCUGCAAAAAGUUUAGAUGAAUAUAUAGAGAAUGUUUUAAACAAUAGAAAUUUUACAAUCACAUUAGACAUUCCCAAAGGUUAUUUACGACAAGUACUAAAAUUGGGUACAACUUAUCAAGAUACGAUUGGAAAGGAGUUUCAUGUUAAAAUAAUUAUAUCAGAUGUUAAACGUCAAAUACUAAUUAUUGGUAAACAACAGGACAUCACAAAGGCUGAAGAAGCAAUUAAGAAGAACUGGUCUGAUACGCUUGCAGAACAGCAAUUAUUACCUAAAGAAAAUGCAACUACGACUAGUAAUGAAUGUCCAAUUUGUUGCGAGGUCGCCAAUUAUAUUUUAGAAAUGUGCGGACAUGUCUCGUGUUUAAAUUGCCUUAAACAAGAAUUAUCAAGAAAGUUUGAUACAACACUCAGCAAUGAAAGCCUUAAGAUUAAAUGUAUAAUGCAAGAAUGCAAUUCAGUACUUUCACUACGAGACAUCAAAACAAUAAUUGAUUCACAAAAUAUGUCUAGGGUAGCACGUGCAUCAUUUCAAGCUUUCCUCAAGACAGAUAACGAUAUAGUUCAAUGUAUCGGUAUUGAUUGUCAACAAGUAAGAUGA